AUGUUGGAAAGACGAGAUAGUGCAAUGGACAUUCCCAGAAGCACCUCCAACGGCUCUCUCACACCGCAAUCCGUUUCAAACUCAACCUCCCCUCCACCAGCCUUCAAUCGCACCGAUCUCUUCCGCUCUCUGCGCCCCAUGGCCAGCACCGAGAGUCUCAAUGGCGCGCUGACCAGCAAACCUUGCACCACAUGCUCUGGUCAGCAUGCACGACGCCGAUGCUCUCGCUGCAAGGCGGCAUACUACUGCGACCGCAACUGCCAAAAGUCGGACUGGAAGACGCAUCGCAACAUCUGCGAGCCCAUCACCCAGACUUACUCUGCUCCGGAGACGCCCAACUGCUCCAACCCUGCAAGCCCAACAAACGAAGCUUGAUCAAGUGUCACACCAACACACACACACACAUUGAGACACUACACCCUCUCAAUAGCGACACAUCUGGAAACUUUUAGUGAACCGGAUGCACCCUACGAUGAAGACAAUCACCACAUGCCCCACGCACGUCUAAAAUAAAUCAACACCAAAGAAGAUGGAGAAAAGACAAGCAACAAUCGAAUUGCUACGACACUAAUGAUAGAUAACCAACUUGCACAUAUGGAGGGUCGGAAAAUCAGGCGUUUUUGCUAACUGUUUUUUUUUUCUGUUUCUUGUAAAGCCUGUUACUGGGGUUCCCAACGUCACAUUCUAGAAAGAGCGACAAAGCAUUCAAUUGCAACCAUGCAUAGCGACGAGCGACUAGCGAAAAAUAUCCGGAUUAUUAUCUUAGCCUUUUUUGUUUUCUUGCCUUUUUACACCCAACCAAAAAAAAAUAGAGACCGUUUUUUCCA